GCAGAAAUAAUGCGCACAAAAGUGGCUCUGGUGGGACCAAUAAAGGCAGAUUUUCUGUUUUGUAGCAUUUCAAGGUCCCUGGGUUGCAAGGUAUGGCCAAAAUCGCCUAAAGGCAAUUACCUACUCCAAAAGUACUACAAUGCUCUGGACCACGCACUUGCACAGUCAUGUCCGAGCCAAAGUCUGUCUGAAGAAACUUGCAAUCUGGAAUCUAUAUCAGGGAAUGCCGUACUUUUCCUAAUACUUCCCAACGAUGUUGCUUUAACGGAACAAGGUCCUUCCACCUCCAGCAAAUUUGCCUUGUCACUGAUAAAGGUUGAACUGAUUUUUGAUGCGAAGGAACGAGUGUGUUAUGUGGAACCACUGGAAUCCUCCAGUCUGGCUCCAACGGGGAAAGCUGAUAUAUUCAGGAAAUACCAGGAUUCUAGCAACGACGUCUCUAUAGACGUGACCGUUGAUGGGAAAUAUGGUGGAAUUGUUCUUGAACACUCUGAAAGUUUGCGACUCGCUUCAAUCAAAGACGGUAUUGCUUCGCACACCCUUACAGAAGAUUCCAUUUACAAGUUUACAAGACAGACUUUUAUUAUUGAUGCAUACCUUUAUAACAUUUGGCCGUGCGGAGAGUGGGUACAUGAGUUCGAGCUCGGCUUGCUUGAAUAUGAGAACUGGUACAACAUUUACAAGAAAUGGACGUUAUCGCACAAAAUGAUUGAAUUUGAGGGGAAGUUUGUAGAGUACCUAAAAUCGGAUACAAUGGUUCUUCCGGAAGAAUUCAGCCAUACAACAUAUGCGAAGGUUGAUUCUGAUUCCGAUUUCUCUGGUUACUCUGACCAAGGCGUUAUCGCAGAAAAUUUUGAUUUCCAGGACCAUAAACUUUCCUCUGGUAUAUCUCAACUAAAAAGCGCAAUUGUGGAAUUCAAUAAGGGGAGCCUUCCUUGCAUAAAUGGUUCCUAUUUAUUGGACGGAGUUUGGAUUCUAAACAAUACAAACAUCUGUCGAGAUGUUAGGGAUUUGCUGUUACUCAUAAAGUCGUCUACUGAAUGGCAAACAAUGGAACUUGACAAAAUCAAAUUAUUCUUGUAUCGAGCCAAAAUGUUCAGCAAGUCCACCCAAUUUAGAGUGUACAUAUACGACUUUGAGAUUGUUGUAAUAGCGCAACUAUUCCUAAAUCAAGUAUACGACUACCUUCUAAACGCAGAUCAGCGCAAAGCAUUCCAGGACAGAAUCGUCCACUUUUACCGUGAACAUAUACUAGGCCAGAUUCCACCCGUACGGAACUUUGUUUUGGAUCUUUACAUCGUCGAGGAGCACGUCUACUUACUGGACAUAAAACCGUGGAAAUACCACCCGCUGAUAUUAUUCACCUGGCAAAACCUCUACGAAUUCGCUACUUGUAGGAAAAGUUUCGAAACUUGCAGCAGUUCAACUCAAGUCAGCAUCAAUGACAACAUCGCAUUCGUAAUCCUAACAUCCGACAACUACUCCAAGCAUCUUUAUAAUCUACAUCCAGAAGAUGUAAAUGAAAUUAGACAAAUGCUAGCCAACUAG